CUGAACCUUCUUUUAUUGCUAAAAGUGAAGAUCGUUUGUUUAAACAUUUAUUUGAAGAUUAUCAAAGAUGGGUUCGUCCAGUGGAACACUUGAAUGACACGAUAAAAAUAAAGUUUGGCCUUGCAAUCUCUCAGCUAGUAGAUGUGGAUGAGAAAAAUCAAUUAAUGACAACUAAUGUCUGGUUGAAACAGGAAUGGAUAGAUGUAAAACUGAGAUGGAAUCCUGAAGACUAUGCUGGAAUAACAUCUAUUCGUGUCCCAUCUGAUUCUAUUUGGAUUCCAGAUAUUGUGUUGUAUGACAAUGCAGAUGGGCGUUUUGAAGGAACAUCUACAAAAACGGUGGUCAAAUACGAUGGCACCAUUGCUUGGACUCCACCAGCAAACUACAAAAGUUCUUGUACUAUUGAUGUAACUUUCUUCCCCUUUGAUCUACAAAAUUGCUCUAUGAAAUUUGGUUCCUGGACUUAUGAUGGCUCACAGGUUGAUAUAAUUCUUGAAGAUUAUGAUGUUGACAAAAGAGACUUUUUUGAUAAUGGAGAAUGGGAAAUAGUGACUGCAACAGGAAGCAAAGGAAAUAGGACUGAUGGAUGCUGCUGGUAUCCUUUUGUUACGUAUUCAUUUAUAAUUAGACGUUUGCCACUUUUUUAUACAUUAUUUCUCAUUAUUCCUUGUAUUGGGCUUUCAUUUCUAACUGUCCUUGUCUUCUAUCUUCCUUCAAAUGAAGGUGAAAAAAUUUCACUUUGCACUUCAGUACUGGUAUCUUUGACUGUUUUUCUUCUUGUUAUUGAAGAAAUCAUUCCAUCAUCUUCUAAAGUUAUCCCGCUUAUAGGAGAGUACUUGGUGUUUACUAUGAUAUUUGUGACAUUGUCCAUUGUGAUAACUGUCUUUGCUAUCAAUAUUCAUCAUCGUUCUUCGUCUACACACAAUACUAUGGCGCCUUGGGUGCGCAAGAUAUUUCUUCACAAACUCCCCAAACUGCUUUGCAUGCGAAGUCAUGUAGAUAGAUACUUUGCUCAGAAGGAGGAAACAGGAAAUACAAAUGGAUCGGAAUCACCGAGGAACACCUUGGAAGCAGCUCUAGAUUCGAUCCGGUAUAUUACAAGACACGUUAUGAAGGAGAAUGAAGUUCGCGAGGUUGUUGAAGACUGGAAAUACAUUGCUCAGGUGCUCGAUCGAAUGUUCUUAUGGACUUUUCUUCUGGUUUCAGUAAUUGGAUCACUUGUAUUAUUUAUUCCUGUUAUUCAUAAAUGGGCAAGUAUAAUAGUACCUACACACAUAGGCAGUACAAACGCAUAA